UCAUAAACAAAAAGCAAGCGAAGAAGAUGCAUCUAAUUGAGACAAAAGUGAGAGAAAGUGGUAAAUGUCUUUAAAAAACCAAUCAUAAUCACAUUAGCAGGCUAGAAAUGAGCAUCACAAGAGCAGAAAGAGCAUAAUAGAGGGAAUCUGAUUUGGAACUCACUCACUAAGCUAUAGAAAGAAAAGGAGAAAGAAAGGCUGUGAGUGAGUGCAGAGAGGCAAAUGGGCGUGUGAGUUUGCGUUAUAUGCUUAUAUUCUCAUAUUCACAUUCUCAUCACUCAAAAUCUGCAUAUUGUCUCUGCAAUUUGAUAUGGAUUUGGCAGAGAUUGGUGGAGUAGAAGGAUAAUUCUUUUGGGGAUUGGAAUCUGAUUCUUCCACUUGUUGUGUUCGUGUUGGGUUUUGGUGUUUAUAAAUGGAUACCUAGGAGGGCCUAGCUUCAGCUCUUCCAUUUUUGUCUCUCCCUAUCUCUAAAGCUAAAUAACUCAAAUCCCACUGUGUUUGUUUUUCUUGGAGAUAACACUCAGCUGCGGAUUACUCUUUCGAGAAUACGACCAUGAACGCACUAGCAGCAACAAACAGAAACUUCAAGCUUGCUGCUAGACUUCUCGGUCUCGACUCAAAGCUCGAAAAGAGCUUGCUCAUUCCAUUUAGAGAAAUCAAGGUUGAGUGUACCAUACCCAAAGAUGAUGGCACAUUGGCAUCCUUUGUUGGUUUCAGGGUCCAGCAUGACAAUGCAAGAGGCCCCAUGAAGGGAGGGAUCAGAUAUCACCCAGAGGUUGACCCUGAUGAGGUAAAUGCUUUGGCACAAUUGAUGACGUGGAAGACAGCGGUCGCAAAUAUACCGUACGGUGGAGCGAAGGGCGGUAUAGGAUGUGAUCCUGGAUUAUUAAGUAUAUCGGAGCUGGAACGUCUUACCAGAGUUUUCACUCAAAAGAUACAUGAUCUUGUUGGUGUCCACACCGAUGUUCCAGCACCAGAUAUGGGAACGGGUCCACAGACAAUGGCAUGGAUCCUAGAUGAGUAUUCCAAGUUUCAUGGCUACUCACCAGCGAUCGUAACAGGGAAACCUAUCGAUCUGGGUGGAUCUCUGGGCAGAGAUGCAGCAACAGGGCGAGGCGUGUUGUAUGCAACAGAGGCCUUAUUAAAUGAGUAUGGAAAGAGCAUAUCUGGUCAAAGAUUUGUCAUUCAGGGUUUUGGCAAUGUGGGGUCGUGGGCAGCACGACUGAUCAAUGAAAAUGGAGGAAAGAUCGUAGCAAUAAGCGAUGUGACAGGAGCAAUAAAGAAUGACAAUGGGAUAGAUAUUCCAAGCUUACUAAAAUAUGCAAAAGAACACAAAGGUGUGAAAGGUUUUGAUGGGGGAAAUCCAAUUGAUCCCCAGUCUAUUUUGGUUGAAGACUGUGACAUAUUGAUACCAGCAGCCCUUGGAGGCGUCAUCAACAAGGAAAAUGCCAAUGAAAUCAAAGCUAAGUUCAUAAUAGAAGCAGCCAAUCACCCAGCAGACCCGGAGGCCGAUGAGAUAUUGGCAAGGAAAGGAGUUGUUAUUCUACCAGAUAUUUAUGCAAAUUCAGGGGGAGUUACAGUUAGCUACUUCGAGUGGGUUCAGAACAUCCAAGGUUUCAUGUGGGAGGAAGAGAAGGUAAACAAUGAACUGAAGACUUACAUGACGAAGGGCUUCAAAGAUGUGAAGGAGAUGUGCAAGACCCAUAAUUGUGACCUCCGCAUGGGAGCUUUUACACUUGGAGUCAACCGAGUCGCCAGAGCCACUGUGUUGAGGGGUUGGGAAGCCUAAGCAACUGCUUCUCUCAGGUCUGAAUAAAUGGGGAGAUGCUCAACUCCCUCGCCUUAGUGCUGCUUCCUUUCCUGCUGUCCUGCAUACAACGACCACUUAUAGCGUUAGUUAUUUUUAUUGGACAAGCAUGCAAGUACUACCAUCUCAGAUCUAAAAAAUGCCAAAUAAAUGGCGUAGUUUUGCUUCCUCCUGAUACCUAUUGAUAGGAGAUUUAAGGAUUGAUUUCGGAUGAGAGGAGUCCUCUCUAGGCUUCAGCCAUUCACUUGGCUUACCAACAUCUUGACAGUAAAAGAAAUGAGAACAGUUUUCAAACAGUACUUUAGAACUA